UGCGGACGCAACGAAAGGAAUCCGCCACGCCAAGAGAGUCGAGCCACCUCGCCGCCGCCGCCCAUAGCCGGAGCAGCCGCCACACCGGGCCGCUGCCCCAAUCCGCGCCGCCCGCCGGAAAAAAGCGCCAGAUCCGGCACAUCCACCACCACCAGCCCCAGCCCGCCCCCAGCCCCCGACCGAAACCAGAGGAGAGAAAGGGCGAGACCCACACCGCUGCGCCGCCACCUCCGCCAGCAGACCACCACGGCGAAGACGACCGACCGCAGCCCGCGCCGCCCGCAGCCCGCACCCACCGCGUCUAGAUCUGGCAGCCCGCCUUCACCACACCGGCCGUGCACCACCAGGGGGCGUGGCCCGCCACGCCGCCACCGCACCCGCACGCCUGCACCAGCGCCGAUGCGACGCCGCGUGGUGGAGCCCCACGGAAGCGCCACCACCAGGUCCGGGGCCGUCAGCCCGCGCCGGCCACCCUGCACGAAGAGAGACGAGAGGGACCCCGCCGCCGUCGGCGGCGACCGGGCUUCGCCCGGCCCUGCCCUCUGCCGGCGGCGAGGGAGGAGGAAGCGAGAGGAGGGGUGCGCUGGCGGCGGUGGUGUGGUCGCCCUCCCCGUCGCCCGCGGGAGCGACGCGGGAGGGGUGCUAGCCCUGCUGCCCUGGGGAAUGAGGACACAAAGGACUGGCUGCGGUGGCGUGCAAGACUUGUAGCACAAGUAGGUUGUGAUUGUUCAGCGCUAGCAGAAGUUGGAAGACCUGGAUCCGGAGGCUGACAGUUUGUCUUCGGUUUUCAACAUGUUAGGUGUUCUUUCUGUAAUGCACUUUAUAAACUCGUACUGUCUUUCUCUUUUGAUGCUCAAAUGCUGGUGCGUUGCGGUGGUGAAUGAUGUAGAAUUGAUGGUUUUCUUAAUGAAAAUCAGGGGAAACCCUUUUACCUAAAAAAAGUACUCUACUUGUUUUCACACACAUGGUGCAGAACUUUUGGAAAUGAGACAUGUGUUGUAAAAUGAAUAUGUACAGUACACACUUCUAUAUUCUAUCUAUUGUGCGAGAGAGCACAGCAUCUGCUGCUA